UAGGAGGGGAAUUGACUGCAAUGCAAAAAAAUAUUCUAUCCGCGAGGGUGGUUUGAUCGUAAGAAUCUAACCCUGCCAUCAUUAGCCCACAAAAAUAUGUUCCGAUACUUAUGUAUAUUCAUGCUUUUCUCGUUAAUUUCCCAAUCUGAUGUAAAGUUAGGCUCUGAAGAGGAACAUAUACUUGAGUACAUGUACACCUUCUUUAAUUCCUCCCACUAUGAAGUUGUUGGUUUGUUGGAUGGGGAACCAGUGGAUUUCUACAGUAGUGUUCUCAAGUCCCCUGUACCUAAAAAGAUCUGGAAUGAAAAGGAGAGAAGCUUUGGGAAUCAGUACUGGCAAGACCAUAUUACAAGUCGACAGAAGAUUGAUAAGUGGUUUUUAUCCAGUGCUGAAGACCUGAAAAUGCACAUGACAAAAAAUCAAAGCGGUGAUGUUGUGCAGAUGAGGUUUGGCUGUAAGAACAUCCCUGAACGCAACCCUGUUCACGAUGAGGAAACCCUGUUUGCUGAGUUUGCCUAUGAUGGAGAAACAACAAUGAACUUCAUUCAUAACACAAAUAAAUGGACUCCAGUAGAUUUUGCUGCUCAGUUAAUUAUAAACAAUUGGAACAGAAAAAGGAGCAUCAAAUAUCAAAUAACCAACUUUCUGAAUGUGGAAUGUUAUCAGGCACUCUAUAAUUUUCAGAAAUUUGAACUCAAUGCAACUCAGUACAAUAACUCAUCUGAUCCACUUAUCUACACUGUCCCUCGUGGCUCUCUAAAACCUGGGCACAACAACCUGACGUGUCUAGUAACCGGAACCUAUCCCAGCUCCUCACCCAUCGAGAUGAAUCUGUUUAGGAAUAAUGUAAACCUAACAGAGAUGGAGGGUGUCCGGUCAUCAGGGGUCAGACCUAACGAAGACAAUACCUACCAGCUGAGAAAGACAGUGAUGAUUAAUGCCUCCGAGUCUGAAGUGUAUCAAUGUGUGGUCAAUCAUAAAAGCUUUCCCGGAACACGGAAAAACACUUGGGAGGUGAAAAAAAGUGAAGAGUCAAGUGGAGGGAUCAAAUCCAGCUUCUAUUGGACUAUUGGACUACCGUUUUUUCUACUGGCUGUUUUAGUGGUUGUGGUUGUUGUAUGGUUUUUCAAAUACAAAUGGAGAUCUGAGCCUAAUAGACAUUUGGCUGCUAAUCCUGAAGAGAAUGCUGCCCUGGGAGUUCAAGAUGGAGGGAGUUUGAUUGAUCAAGGAGGUGAAACCACUUCUGUCGAUCUGUCCUCUGAGAGAGAAGAUCUUACAAAUGCACCCGAUGCUGAAGGUGAAAACGAUGAAGCCUAUGGAAGUCGUGGAAGCUCUGAUUCAGACCUGUCACAGAUUCAACGAACCUUAUUGGAAUUCAACACAGACCCAGCUGACAACUAGUACAGGGUCUUAAGUAGGUACUUUGAAACACUCUUAUCCGAUUGUCAAUUUCCAAGUGUUUUACGUGCCAACUGAAGAUAACCCAGAGUUUAUAAUUAUGCAUUACCUCUGCCUGGGAUCAAGUUACCAGAGGUAACUGACUACAAGAGGAGACGCUCAACGCUAACAUGGACUGACACAAUACAGUAAAGAAUACUGAGGAAAUAAAGGGCUUGUUAGAGACAUUUCCAUGUGUCCUGAUCGUUGUCUGGCUGUUAUCACAGAGCUCAUUACUAAGAUGGUGAUAGAUAUGUUAUGGUGAUAGAUAUUUUACUAUGUAUUUGUAAUGUUUCUGUAAAGACGGCUAGUUACGUCCUGUGUGGCUCAGUUGGUAGAGCAUGACACUUGCAACGCCAGGGUUGUGGGUGAUAUUCCCACGGGGGAGCAUUAUGAAGUAUGAAAAUAUAUGCACUUUCUUCUGUAAGCCGCUCUUGUCUUGUAAAUGUACUCGGAAUUACAAGUCAUGCUGUAAUUGUCCCAAACUUCUUCAACUUGGGGACAGCUCAGGGAUCAAGUAUCAAAAAUAGAAGUUACAAUUUUCUACUUUUUCAUGUAAUGUAUUGUUAAGAUAUUUUAUCAAAGUUUAAGAUAAAUUAUUAAAUAAUUCUACCCAGAAACGUAACCAUUAGGAUUAGAGGUUAUGUAGCAUGGACAAUAAUUGGAAAUGAUAACCAUUGUGGAAGAAGGAAUGUAUGUGUGUGUCGAAAGUAAGCAAAGAGGUUAAUGAACCUAUGUUUGAACCGACCCAGCUAUAACUCUGUGGACAUAAAAUAAGACAGCGAGAGCUCCUCUGGGUUUUCCGUAUCUGGGGGGGGGGACUGGAACUGUCAGCUAAGUGGUAAUAAACUGUGGUGAGACUUUAGGAAAUAAUCCAGAUAUAGUGUGUGCGUUAGUGGGUUGGAAUGGACUUUUGAAGCUGCUUUGUCGGAGAAGAGGAGGGACAUCUAAAAACUAUGAUGAAAUGUGAGGUAUAUUAAGCAAUGUACAUGGCAUUAUGACCAGCGCUCUCGAGAAUAAAUGCUUUUGGCUAAUUUCGGUUGA